UGGCUGGUCAGUCUAGCGCGUGAAGGUUGAACGUUCAGAUCGGCGGCGGAUGUUCUCUCCUCUGGCUUUCCAUCCCGUAGUUUGGAUCAGACGUUUAGUCCACUAGCCCACAGAGCGAGCGGUCAGUGUUCGAAUCACGACGACGACGACGACGGUCGUUUUUCGUUUCGAUACAGAGUGCGUGUGAGUGCGCGACGUGAAACGGAGGAUCCGUGAAUCCGUGCAUCAUAACUCAACCGAAACACGUGUGCAGUGUGCCGUAGUGUAGACGUCGAAUGCGCUUUUUGUGACCGGGAGCCGGGGCCGAUUGAUUGCAUUGUUGUGUGCAGUUGUCUGCAGUUGUGAGCCACGCUGCUGAUUGAUGAUGAUCACCGUCCUCCUCCACAUGGCGCUGCUGCUUGAUGGGGCUCAGUGAGUUUGUCGUCCUGUAUAGCUGAUGUCGUAGUCUACGUCGUAGUUGAGCAAAAAGCAUUCGGAAUGAUGUUUGGUCGGAAGGAAUGAUUGAAGUGUCCCGUUCUACGAAGUGAGUUGUUGAUUUUCGCGUGGGGGAUAUCCCAGUUCAAUCUCGGAUCCAGGAUUUUGUCGAAUGUAGAAAUCCGUUCCAGGAAGAAGGCAAGGCUUCAACGAGAAUUAUUUGUGAUUUCAUUUCGGUAGUUAAAAGAAUUUUGGUGUUUGCGUCCGAGUAAAUUCUUAGGAAUUAGCUUCAGAGAAAAAGUUAUUCCAACGUAGCUUAGCUUAGCAGAAGGUCGUUCAAAAGAGGGCGAAAGUGCUUUAUAAAACAGCUUUUAUUUUUCUUUCGAUUCUUUGUCACGCCGUUUUCUGGAAAGCUACUGAGAAAAAGUUCUUGUCACUUCGCCACCCACUUCGGUUAAGUGUACGACCCCCGGCUACAAAGAAAAGUGUAACAUCAAGAAGCCGUGGAGAAGUGUAGUUUCAAGAACCAACCCAAGUUGAGGGUCUGUCUGUGGGUGGAAGUGAAAUCUGACAAAACAACGACCCAGAAGCGUGUAAGGUGAAACCGAGUGCAGGAUUUACGCGCGGAGAUUGCCAGUGGAUUGAAGUGAGCUGUCAGUUGCAAACACGACACAACAACGGUUGGCGAUUUUAAAAACCGGCAGCGCCAGAUAAACCUGCAAAAAAAGCCGGCUAAAUUUUUUGAUUGAUUAGGGUACUCGGUCCAGCGAGAUACAGUCAGUGUUUCCUUCUGGGAGGAGUGUUUUUGUGGUGUGGAUUUUAGAGAGGCGACAACUUCGUCAAAAUGUUGGAUAUAGCUGACCGGAGCUCGUACCGCAGUCUACGGUGGAUGGCGAUGCUGAUGUUGGUGCUAUUUGUUCAAGGCACAGCACCAUCGCCCUCGCACUACCAGGAUAGCAAUUACUUGGAGGAAGACAAAUACACGCCCGGAUUCGUGACGCUGGGACAAAAGUAUAGCAUAGCCGUCGGCUCGACGGUGGUGUUACCGUGCAAAAUUAAUGAGACAGAAAACUCCGGCCAAUAUGUGCUCGCGUGGAAACGGGGAACAGCGGUCCUGACGGCGGCAUCUGUCAAAGUCACCGUCAACCCCCGGAUACGGCUGAUGCCGGUGCAAGGUCAAGCCGACCAACCGUCGGGCAGUCUUUCGUCCGGGUACAAUCUGGAGAUUCGGGACGUGAAGACGACAGACAACGGGAGCUACAUCUGCCAGAUUGGCUCCAUGGAACCGAAGGAAAUUGUCCACCAGCUGGAGGUGCUGGUGCCGCCCACGAUCAUUGCCGUGUCACCGGAGAGCAGAAAGCUGGACAUACACAAGGGAAGCCCGGUCCAGCUGGCGUGCAACGCUACCGGAAAUCCUCAGCCGAAAAUCAUCUGGUCCAGACGGAACAACCUCCUGCCGACCGGUGAACCGAACAAAACCGGCAUCGCGUUCCUGGUGCCGCAUGCCAACCGUCACAGCAGUGGACAUUACAAAUGCACCGCCGAUAAUCGGGUCGGCCAACCAGACAGCCGGGAAAUCGUGGUCAACGUGCUCUAUCCGCCGGAAAUCGAAGUGGAGCAGCAAACCGUUCACAGCGGUGUCGGACACGAGGCCCAAUUAGUGUGCAUCGUCCACGCCGAACCGGCACCCAAUGUCAUUUGGUACAAGGAGACGACCCAGUUGGGAACCACCGAGCAACACUCACAGCAGGUCCGGGGCAACAAGCACAGUCUCAUAAUCCGGAAUGUGACUCGUUCCGAUCUCGGCAACUACACCUGCCAAGCCUCCAACAGCCUGGGCAAGGACCGGGGCACCCUGAACCUGAGCGGUCUGCCGACGGUUUGCUACUUUGAUUCGCCAACGCUGAGCAGCUACCGGGACCAGUACAACAUCUCCUGGACGGUGCAAAGCUACUCGCCUAUCGAGGAGUACCGUCUGUUCUAUCGGUUGCAGUCCGCCUCGAAGAACCACUUGCUCCACGGGACCAUCCACGACAAACCACUGGACAACCACAUCUACUCGCAUUCCGGCUAUGGGUUGCACAGUGGCAGUGGAUACAACCCUGGUGGCCAUCACGGCAGCGAACAGUGGGAGAACGUCGUCAUUCCGGAGAUGUUGGCCAACUACCAUGGGAUGCGCGGGGGCGGCAUGUACUACAACAGUCCAUACAGCUACCAGCCCGGAAUACGGCACCGGACGAGCUUCCAGCUGAAGAACCUCCAACCGGGAAGCAAUUACGAGGCGCGCGUCCAGGCACGGAACGAACACGGCUGGAAUCGGCUGUCGAGCAUAUUCCAUUUCUCCACCCGAUCGGAAGACAUGGAAUUGGAACCAUCAGCCCAGCCAGCAGUCCACGGUGCCGGACUGCUCGACAAGGGCCUACUGGGUCUCGGAAGCAGCGACGCGGCAGCGCCUUAUUUUCAUAAAUCAUCGACUUGCGGUGCUGUGCUGUUGGCCCUACUGGCUUUGGCCGUUGCGAUGGUGGCAUCGCAGCAACCAUUGCUGCCGCCAUUAACCGGCGGCUUAUCGGCAUGAUUUGCAUUGUUUCCGUUUUCCAUUCCAAUAAAUCACUAGGCGAUCUACGCACCUAAUUAAGGCUAAGAAUAGCAGCAACCAUACCGUUCAACAAACUCGACUUUCCGAAAUAAGAAAUGACCAGCACCACCAUUUUCUUACACCAGCCACCGCCUCUUCGUCAUCGUCGUCGGAUUCCGGUCACUUCAAUUUUAAACUCAACAAGAAAUGCACGAUGCGAUAUUCUUCAUUAUACUAAAUGUGAAAAUGUUCUGACUAUAGCUGCACAUUGUGAAGUUUUUUCCCGGGUAUGAUGAAGAAUUAUUGAUUUGACACAACUACUCGCACAUUCCUAUAUUUUAAUGUAUUUUCAACACGUGGACAACUUAUAAUAACACUUGUUAAUAUCUUUCGUCUACAUCCAUGAUACGAUUUGACGUUUCCUUCGACGAUUUUGAAGUUAGAUUUUCUUGAUUUUAUUAAUCAAGUAGCCAUAUAUUUUGUACCAAAGAAGUAGAAGAAGUUAUGAGAAAUUUAAAAAAAGAAAUAUGAGACUUUAAUGGAAAAGAACAAAAAGCUAGCUUUGAACAACAAAAUCAUAUGUAUUGCGUAGAAAAAAAGAUAAGAAAUGUAAGCUUUAUUUUGAAAUUUAUGGCAACACUUAUGUAAAAUAUGUGAACAAAACAUCUGAGAAGGACAAAGUUGGAGUGUGAACCGAACCGAUGUAGAAAUUGUUUCAUGAGCGGUCCAAUAUUGGACUUUUUCCUUAUUUCCUCAUAGGUGAUGUCAGUAGAUCACAACUAUUCCAAUGUUUUUGUUAGAUUUAAGUUAAACUAAUUUAAGUCAGCACAAUUCAUAAUUCCUCAGAAAUAAAGCUACGUGAGCAUUAUCUUUUCAAAUAGAGAACAACCAAAAUUGUCAUUAUUUUUAUCAAAACGAUUCAUUGAAUACUAUCACAUAACAAACAAUCACAUAAAUUCGGUAAGUAAUCAUAAGUUAAGUAAAGAAAUUUUAUAGCUGGGUAAGACCAACAAAUGGAAUCGUCAAAAUAGGCGAAACUUUAACAUAGGCCUUUCUUAUCACACAAGAAAACAUCAAACUAAGCAUGCCGAGACAAAUAGGCAUCACGCACCAGACAUCAAAUUGUCCGCUUGAUGAUAAAAAAAAACUAUAAACAGAAUCUCUGUGUGUUUGUGCCCAGCAAGUUUUAAACUCACCAAAACUAAAUCAACUAUUUUACCGCCGAUUAGUCACAAAUUGAUAUUUUUCUGUACAUAGCUAAUGUGUCCAGGCCAUAUAAAUACGAUACGGUUAGCAUCUAUAACGAUCAAAAUAUCACUGAAUCGUGAAAACAAAAUUAAAUCUAGAUUGAGAACAUCGCCAAAACUUCACCAUCAAGUUGCAUAAUUAACUCAAUCCACCAGUAAAUUAACGCAACGCCUGACAAAUGUAGUGGGUAUCACACUUAAAUCUGAUUGAUUUCCAUUGGUUUGUUUUGUGGGACCAUAUAAAAAGAAAACAUAAUAAACUGAUGCGAAAACAGAACAGGGAGGCACCAAAGAGAGAAACAAUGGCGGCUACCGCCAUUUUCAGCUUCCCCCAAUCACCAUAGCUAUAGAACCCUACAAAUACGAUGUUUGCCGUUGGUGAAAUGAUGCAUGCAAAGCAAAUUGAUAAUUGAAGAAUAAUUACCACUGGUUCAUCAAUGGACAAACAUGCAAAAACAACAUCAAGACGAGGCGUCGCCGCGGUCACCACAGCAGGCGUGGAAAAAAAAACAUCCUAUUAUCAUCAGGCAGCAAGCCAUGCCAACACAAUUAAAUCAGAUUUUCCAUUGUGUUCUACUAUGUAUACUUUUGCUAUCAUUUUGCACUUCAUAUCAAGUCCAUCUCGAGUGAAACGAAAACCAAAAGCACAGUUUACAAUUGAAAAAAAAAGAAACAUCAUUAAUGAAGUAAUAAAAUAACGAGAAGAGCAUAAUAUUUUAAAACAAAACCCAUUAUCGAAAACAUACGAGACAUGAUCCGAAAUCCGGAUUCAAUGCUUGCUGUAUGCACUCUCCUUUGUAUGACAACAAAAAUGAACAAAUUGAUUUUACUACCAAUGUUCGAUGCUGCCUCCCAGCCUUGGUAACAAAGGGAUUACCCUUUCCUCUGAAAUUCUGCAUUUAUUCCAUAUCCAUUCCCGAAAUCAUGCACAGAAACGUCAAUAAUCCACGCUUUAAACCAAAAGUAUAAAAGGAAAAGACAACCAAUCGAAAACAGAAUCAGAAUGGAAUUCUCAAUUAUUAUCAUUGAGAUUGUUCCAUUAAAUCGCCCUGAUAUUUCGGUCAAUGACUGUCAGGUGGACGGUAGCACAAGAGCAGUAAAAACAAAUGGCAGCAAUGCACGUGUACAUAUGGAAAACAAUUGCUCUCAUAUUUUCGUCCUUGCCGAAUGAACAGACGAACGGGGAGUACCUAUAGUAGCAGAAAUACAAACGAGGUGAAAUUAUGACGAAAGAGAACAUGAAAAAUUACCAUUUAUGGCUUUAGGAGAAAAAUUUAACAAAAA